GUUCCCAACUUUGACGGCUCGCCCAUAUCAACAACAAUAUUAUAUAGUUUUUAUUUUAUUCAACUUAUACUUAUAAUAAAUAAUAAUAAUAAUUGUAUAUUUUAUUUAAUAUAUUCCAAACGCAAUUAAUGCAUUGUUUACUAAACCAAUACUGUAAUUUAAUACAUAUACAUUUUUAAUUUUUAAGUGAUUAAAUAAGUUUUACACGUAUUAUAUUAGAUCAGUUACCAAUACACUGAGUUUAUAUAGUGUUAUGAUGGGCGAUGUGACUGCUGAAAGUCCUCCUGCUGAUGAUUUAAACAAUUCUGGUUCUUCUUCUUCGUCAUCAUCCGAUUCUGAUGGCGAAUCAAGUAGUUCGUGUACCAGUUCUAGUUCUUCUUCUUGCUCUGAAACACCUAUCAACCAGUGCAAAAAUUCUAGUUUUCCUAAUUGUGAUAAUGAUACUCCACAGUCGAAUGGUCAAUCUGAAUGGAUAGUUUGUCAGCUUUGCCUUUAUAAGGUGAAAACACCUUUACAAUUAAAACAACAUAUGCGAAUGCACACUGAACAUAAAAUACAUCGUUGUGCCAUCUGUAAUAAAACAUUUGAACAAGCUACUCGACUAGAAAAACACAUAGCCAUACACUGUGGUACAGAUAAUCGUUUUGAAUGUUCACUUUGUGGCAAAGUGUAUAAACUUAGAACUCAAAUUGUCAGCCACAUAGCAGCACACAAAAAACAAAACGCUGGACGUCGUAUUUCAUAUACAUGUCAAAUUUGCACAAAAAAAUUUUCAAAUAAGUCAAAACUGAAGGAACAUGUAUCAGGACAUGAAAAUGGGACAUUACAUUCAUGUGAUGUUUGUGGGCGAACUUUUAAAUUAAAUUCAUAUCUUGUUGUACACAAAAGAACCCAUGAGAUGAGUGUAUCUUAUACAGGUGAUAAACCAUUCACCUGUUCAAUGUGUAACAAGUCAUUUUUGAGCAAAAGUAACCUAGACCUACACAUGUUGGUUCAUAAUUAUGUUAAAAAAGCAUCAUAUAGCUGUGACAUAUGUGGAAAAAUAUUUAUGCGUAAAUAUAACUAUGAUGCUCAUGUUAAAAUACAUCAAUAGUUAGUAAGUUUUUACUAUUUUAACUAACAGUUAUUAUUAUAACACAAUUCUCCAAAAGUCCUAAAACCAUUAUUAUUUAAAAGUGUUUGUGAAUUUUUAUUUUGAAAACUAAGAGCAUUAUUUU